AGCUUCGUUCUGUGUUUGUUUUGUUGCCAUCGCGAACGGCAGUGAAUUUUCCCGAUCAAUCCCAAGUUCCGUGAGAAGCCAUGGUCGGUUGCGUGGUGCCCGGGUGCACUAACCGGACGGUUCGGAUGGGGGCUUGCGUCCCCGACGAUUCCCAGCUGCGGGCAAGCUGGCGCGCGGCGAUUUUCGGCGGAACCGGCCAGCAACUGUCGGAUGUUGCGAUCAACGGGAAGCACGUUUGCAAUCUGCACUUUCCGCCGCACCAGCAGCCCGGCCGGGGCAGCAUGUACCGCGAACCGACGCUGUAUCUCGUCGAUUACACCUGGACCGAAGUGUCCUGCUGCCAGCUGUGCCUCCAGUACAAACCGGUCGAGAGCAUGUUCAACCGGAAGUACUGCCUGGAGCAGACACUGACGCUGCAGUCCCUGGCGUACAAGUACUUCCGCGUGCGCCAGUUCAUCAAAUCCUCCACCCAGGAGAGUUACUUUUGCGAGGCGUGCGUCGUCCAGCUCGACAUUACGCACCGGUUUUGCGAGCAAAUCAACGAGAAUUCCCGGGCGUACGAACGGAUGCUGCGUAAGAUGUCCAAGACGGUGGUGAUUUUCGAGCAGUGCGCACCACCGGAACCGGAACCGACGGCUGUUGAGUCUCCUCCUGCGUUUGAUAGUGGUCUGUUUAGUGCGGAGCAGGUCGUUAUCAAGGAAGAACCGCAGGAUGAGCAGGAAACAUGCGUUUUAGACGCUGAUGUUGGUAUCCCCAUAGCUGAGGUGGUGGCAGAGAAGGGUCACUCAGGUUGCGAGGUCGAAGAGAACGAAUUUGAAACGAUUGAGGUGGACGACGAGGAUGUUGAGCCAGAGGUGAAGAUUAAGAUAGAACCAAAUUUAGAGGAAAUGCCAGUGAAAAUCAAACAGGAAGUUCCUGACGACGAAGAUGUGCCAGCGGUAGAGUUAAUACUUUCAGUAAACGUCAAAAAGGAACCCUCCGAAGAAGUGGAACUGCUACCGGCAGCCAAAAAGCAACGGAUUCAGUUCAAGUACGGUUGUCUCAUGUGUAAAGCUUUCUUCCAGAGUCAGUUUGAGCUGAACCUGCAUUUGCAGGAAGUUGCGCACGAAAAGGUCCUGAAUAAGUGCGUAAGCUGUCGGGCCCCGAUUAUGUCCCAAAUGAGACAAGAGGUAAAAUGUGACAGAUGCGAGGGCAUCUCCGGCACACUAAGUCCACGGAUACUAAACAAGAAGUUUACGCCGAAUAAGACUGUUCCUGAUACAUACACGUGCGGCCCUUGCAACAGGCAGUUCCUAACGGAGUCGUCACUGGUGCAUCACCAGAGGCAGGACAACUGUAACUAUCCGGUGAACACUUGCACACAGUGCAACGAAACCUUUCAGUCCGAAGAUGAUUUGGUAACCCACGUGGAGUUGGCUCACAACACACCACGACGGGGCAAAAAGUGUGAAGUUUGCGGAGAAGCCGUUCCAGGGAUUCUGUUUGACCUUCACCAACUGCUGCUGUGUGGUGAGAACCUUCCGCAAAAUCCGGAGGAGACUCACCUGAAGCAAUGUGCGCUGCUAUUCUUCCGACAGAAGCAUCACCCGAAAAAAGCGUAUUGGUUGCUACGGAACAAGUUUGGCGAACAUACCGGUUUGACGCAGGUCAUGGUGGCCACGUGGUACGCUCAGUUUGUGCAAGGGGACGUGGCGUGCAGUGAUUCGGUUCAAGCCAGCAUCAAGAAUUUGAUAGACGAGAAUGCAACCAUCAGCGUUCAGGAGCUUUCGGAACAGGUCGGCGUUCAUUUCGAUUCCGUUCGGCUGCGAACCGGCUUGAUGGGAUUGAUGCUGAAAUAUGGGAGAUGGGUUCCGCAAGAAUUGCCCACCUCGAUGUUGAAGAAUCGUUUCAAUUUCUGUCGCGCACUGUUGGCGCGGUACAAGAACAGCAGUUCUUUUAGUAGCAUGAUUAUGUGCAGCGAACGGUGGGUUUAUUACGGCAAUGGGGCCCCCGGCCAACACGCCGAGGAAACCAAAGUACUGCCAGAACCAAAAAAGGCCCUUCUGUGCGUGUGGUGGGACCAACGCGGUCUAAUCUUCCAUGAACUACUUGAGCCGCAGCAAGCCGCCGUUCCGGAUCGAUACCAAGCCCAAUUCUCUCGCUUCACCAAAGCGAUGCAAUCGGCACGGCAAAAGGUCCCCAACCAGGUAAUUUUCCAGUACGGCAUAACGGAACCAACUGCGCGCCAGCAACUCAAAGCCAUCCUCUCCGGUAUCGGCUGGGAACUGUUGCGCCAUCCGGACCACUCGCCCGACAUCGACCCUACCGAUUAUCACCUGUUCCAGUCGUUGCUGUAUGGCUUCCAGAAUCUGUACUUUGCGAGCCCGGGCCAGGUGUACGAGUGGGUGGCAAAAGUGUGCAAGGAACAGACGGCGCCGUUUUAUCUGCGCGGCAUUCGAAUGCUGUUCAACCGGUGGCAGAAGGUGGUCGAGAAUAAGGGUGAUUACUGUGGGAAAUAAAGUUGAAUUCUCGUAA